AUGGUCAUGAGACACCUUCGCGGCAUCAGUCGCAGCCCCGCGCACGUGACACGUGAGAGUAACCAGGCAUUGCUAAGUCAACUUCAGAUUCCAGCGCCACUUGACAAGCUUUGUGCUCUUUGGAGGAGCAAAGCCCAGGCCUGGAGCACACGUCAGAGCAAUCUCCCUGCAGAUGACAUUUGCAAGCAGGUGCCUCAGUACCCUGAUCCCACUGCUGCCCUGACAGGUGCUCAGCAGAGUGAGGGUGCGAACGUUGCAUUAGCUACUGAGCCAGUCCUGCUGCGAUGCGAGCAAUGCCAGGAGGAGUUCCACAGUCUACCGGAGCUCAAGCGGCGCCGGAGACACGCCCAUGAGCAAGGGCCUCGCAUCUUUCAGGCGGAUCUGUUUGUCCCGACGCGGGAUGCAGUGCCAGGCACAUGGAACUGCGCACACUGCGGCGACUUCAUGCAAGAUCGCAGGAGCCUUCGUUUACAUAUCUGCUUCCAGGCAUGUGUUCGCUUUGAUCCAAACAAACAAGGCACGCCGGGUGGAAUCUUGUAUCAGGAUAACGUCAAGCAAUUGAAGCUGAAUGGCAAGCCUGUGGACUUGCUCAAGGAUCCUGUCAGAUGCAAGUCUCUGACCCAGCAGUGUGUGAUUUGUGCCACUCAGAUCCCGUAUCCGAACCGUGUCCGGCAGCACAUCAGCCUGAGCUUUAUCCCAAAGCUGACUCACGCCUUCCUGCACAGAGGGUUAUCUGGGCAUCGUUGUCCUGUUUUGCUUCAGCUUGCAGUCCUUCUGACAGCCCCGGACACUCCAUCAUCUGCGGAUGCCCAGAGUGGCCUUGAUCAGAUCCCAUCCGUUCCGGCGCAAGGCCGGCUCAUGUCCGAUCAUCAUCCUCCCAGCCCCCCUCUGGUAAUGAGCGUCAAGGCGGAUUCAUCGCCUGCAGAGACGGUGGAGGCACCGCUGCCCGGUAACAGGAUGUUGCAGGCUGAACCGCGUGCUCGCGAUGGUCAUUUGCAUGUGGACAGGCCUCUGCCAGCACCCUUGCAAGCACUCAUGGCUGAUGAUAGGAGGCGAGAUCCGGAGCCCCAGCCGAAAGUUCGCAAACUUGCACCUUCAAGGAAGAAGUCUCAGCUACCGACCAGCGCGCAUGUGCUUGACGCUCCAGGGUAUCGGCAGCCCACAUUCAGCAUGUUCGCGGUGAGCUCCUCUCAAGCACCAACGCCCGGCCCACUUCUAACGCUGGGAUCCUUCAGCUAUGACCGUGAGCGCGGACGGGUCCAACUGCGAACGCUGACGCUGGCAGCGGUCCUAAAGGAGUUGGAAAUGCGGUUGAUCAAGGUCAUGGCGGAGAAUCCGGAGGGAGCCGAAAUUCGCCGACAGUUGAUUGCCCAGAAUCUCUUGACCGCGGAUGGGAAGGCGUGGUAUUACAUAAUGAAGUGGGACUGCGAGCAGGGAAAACUCCUGCCGACGAAGGAAACCCCAUUGCAGAUGAGCGACGCCUGUCAAGUACUCGCUCGAGUGUAUGUCUUGGUUUAG